AUGGGCCCCUGUACCGCCUCCUCUUGCUGCUGCCAGGCCCGUAAUCUGCCAUGGGCCCCCGUACUGACUCCUCAUGCUGCUGCCAGGCCCGUAAUCUGUCAUGGGCCCCUGUACCGCCUCCUCAUGCUGCUGCCAGGUCCAGAGUGUCUCAUGGGUCCCUGUACGGCCUCCCAUUGCUGCUGUCUCCAUCGCCACACUCUGCCAUGUGCCACUUUCAGGUCUCCUCACACUGCUGGUGGGGUUCCAUUUUGUCAUAGGGUGCUGUAUGGCCUCCCAUUGCUGCUGCCUCCACCGCCACACUGUGGCUCCACACUCUGGUUUUGGCCCCGUGACUGCCCAAAUGAGUGAAGUGUGCGGUGAUUCUAAGAUCGACGGCACUCAUCUGCAUGUCAUACUGACUGACAGUAUUAUUUCUCUUCCCCAGCAGACUCCAAGGGCAUUUAAAUUAAAGGUACAGUGUUCUGCACUAAUAUAA